GUAGCAGAAGCAAGGUCAGUCUGCCCGCUGUGACAUUCCAUUUAGUUUGCCAGUGGAUAGCUUUGUAGUAGACCUUUUGCCACGAUGUCACCUGUUAUAUAUCAUUCGUAAAUUCAGCAUAACAAAUUACAGAAAAAAAAGGACUAAUAUCUUUAGAAAACACACAACAUAAUUUAACUUUAAUCUGUUAAUUUAAGUGAUUAUUUUUGAAAGAAUUUAAAUCUGGAGUGUGAAGAAAAGUUUACAGUUAGUGGAGAGAAGAAAGGUAUGGAGUACAGAUAUGAAUUUACUGAAGAAAGAGAAUCUCCCCGUUGGGGAUGGAAAAGACUUGUAAUAUGCAUUUUAGGAGUGAUACUUGUUUUAGUUGGAAUAUUUAUUGGUGGUUAUUUUAGAGGAAUUGAAGAAGGAAAAAGAAGUAAAGAUAAUCAUGCUAUUUAUAAAAAUGAACAAUCCUUCCAUCUUACAUGGCAUGAACAAUCUUGUAUAACUGAUAGAAAAUGUCCUGAAGGUUUUUCAGAUCGUCCAUUGCUCUUAAUAUCCUUGGAUGGUUUUAGAAGUGACUAUCUUGAGAGAAAAUUAACACCAGCAAUUCAGUGGUUGGCACAAUGUGGUGUACAAGGACCAAUGCAACCAGUAUUUCCUUCUAAAACUUUUCCUAAUCAUUACACAAUAGUUACAGGUUUGUAUCCCGAAACCCAUGGAAUUGUUGACAAUAAAAUAUAUGAUCCAAUUACAAAGGAGCGAUUCUCAGUUGGUAAUCGUGAAUCUUUAAAGUCUAUUUGGUGGCUAAAAGAUCCUUUGUGGGUUACAAAUGAAAGAGAAAAUAAGAAGUCUGCAGUAUACUUUUGGCCUGGUUCUGAAGUUAAAAUCAAUAAUGUUAGACCAACAUAUUUUCGUACAUACAAUGGGAAGUUACCUUUGGAAUGUCAAAUUCAAACUAUAUUUUCUUGGCUGGAUUUACCUUCAGACAGCAGACCUUCUUUUAUUACUAUUCAUCUUAAUGAACCUGAUACUACUGGCCAUAAUUUUGGCCCUUAUUCAAAACAGAUGAAUGAAACACUAGAAAGUGUAGAUGCCUUUAUAAGUGAAUUGAUGACAGGACUUCAUAAAAGAGAUCUACUUGGAUGUAUAAAUGUUAUUAUUGUGGCUGAUCAUGGUAUGGAAGAUACGAGUUGCAGUAGAAUUUUGACAUAUGAUAAAUAUUUGGGAAACUUGGAAACUGAAUUUCUACUGUAUGGAGUAACUGCUCGAAUUCGCCCGAAAAAUUCCUCCGAACAUUCAAUUAAAGAAACAGUUAAGAUGAUGAAAUGUAAAAAUGAGCAUUUUCGAGUUUACGACAAGAGACAGUUACCAAAGCGUUUCCAUUAUUCUGAUAACUAUCGCAUAGAUCCAAUUGUCAUAGACUUAGAUCCACAAUGGCUCAUCUUCAAGAAUUCGCAUAAUGAAAGCGGGAAAGAUUUGUGUGACGGAGGUGCUCAUGGAUAUGAUAACAUCGAACCCAGUAUGCGAGCACUUUUUGUGGGGCACGGACCCGAUUUUAAGACACAUCUCAUUGUCAAACCGUUUCCGAACAUCGAACUUUAUAAUGUUAUGGCAGAUCUUAUAAAUGUGACAGCUCAACCUAAUAAUGGAACCGAAGGGAGCUUGAAUCACAUACUGAGGAAUCCAAAACCGGUUGAAAAGUCGUUAUUGUAUUAUCCGAACCUGUGCGGUGGGACCGAAGAAGAUUUUGAAGACAUGAAAAGAAUUACAAACUGUUCUUGUGAGAAAAAGUUUCCUUUGGAUAAUUUUGAAGAUAAUAAUCAUGUUCCUUGGGGACUAGUAGGUACUGCAACAGAAAAAGAGAAUGCUUUCCUUUGUCUAUUGUACAACGAAGAUUAUACGUCAACAUAUAGCUAUCAGCUACGACUCCCCGUCUGGACCGCAUUCACACUUAAAGAUAGCAUUUGGAGCAGGAAAAAGGAAUCUUGCUGGGCUGUGGACUAUAGAAUACCAUUAGAUUAUACCCCUAAAUGCAAAGAUUAUCAGGUAUUACCGACCGAAUUUACACAGCAACUGUUAUUCCCUGCUGAAUUGUCUUCAUCUAUCAGAACAAUACCGAUGGCAUGGCUUGCUACAAAUUCUGUUCCAAUGUAUGUUACCUACGGCAGUAAUGUGAAUCGCUUUAUUGAAGAAAUGCUUCUUCAGUGGACAAGGAAAUACAAGACAAUAAAUGUAGUCACAGGACCGGCUUUUGACGUUAAAACAAAUGGAAUUAAAUUUCCCAAUUAUGAAAUUUUGAAAGUCCAGAAACAUUCGGUUCCGAUACCGACUCAUUACUUUUAUGUAAUCACGAGAUGUCUGGACGACAUCAACAUUCACAACUGUCUUCCGCAGAAUGUCGAUGUGAUUUCGUUUCUUCUUCCACACCUGCCAGAACCAGAAAACUGUCAGUCUGCCGAAGAAUAUCUGCUGAAACACAGUGCGAGAGUGAAGGACGUGGAGAUUCUCACGGGGCUGAGAUUCUUCUCUUCUCUUCCGGUCUUCGAGGAAAUAAGACUCCGAACAUUUUUACCCAGCGAACUGUGGGACACAUAAAUUACCUAUCAUCGCGUCAAAUCGCUCCGUUCGGACACGGCUUCCAGAGAGACGGCUCGGAAAAUAAUUUUAGACACAACGUAUACCACAUUAUUCAAUGUAUACUUUAUAUUUACUCAAGUUGUGUGUGUUAAUUAAUAAAAUUAUUCAAUUAAUUGAUCA